CUUCAUCGAGCACCGUGUCGCACAAGUCUCAGCCAGCUCUCAGCCAGCCAGCCAUCCGGCCGAAGGCACACACCCCCUUCCUAUCAUAAUUGUCUGUCUCAUGGAUGCGCACGGAUGCUAGUCGUCUUCCUCUACUUCCUCCUCGACAUCCUCAUCCUCGUCUUCGCUGUCCUCACGCUCACGCUUCACCUCUUGCUGCGCGGCCUGCACACACACACACGUGAUGCACUCAUCCAUCCAUCCAGGCAGGCAGGCAGGACAUGCCGUCAUGCGAUGAAGGCUCACCUGGUCGAAGAAGUCGCUGAAGUCCUGCGACACAUCGUACUUGCGGGCACGGUAGCGUCGCCGCUCUGCAGCCAGCCAUACCGGCAGCCAAGACAGUCACUGACUCUGGUGAUCGAUAGAGUUGCGUACCUUUCAUGCAGUUGAGCAUGAGGAAGUCGGUGAGGAUGGGCGCCAGACCCAGCAGCGCCAGACCUGUGGACAGCUGCACAGCAGCCCAGAUGGAAAGACAGACGGGUGGCCCCCCGUUGCGACACGAAUGCAUGUAUGGGCUGAGACCUUGAAGAUGAUAGCUGUGAUAGACACCUUCCAUCCAGUGCCUGCACCAACGAGCAGAAUCGAGAAUCAGCCCCAUCGCCUCUCUGUCUUACCGACAGUUCUGAUGUAGAAGCGGAUGCCCGUCAGUUUGUUCAGCCGACGCCGGUCAGGGUCACUCAGGUCAUACUCAGGAUAUCUGCAGGCACGUCAAUGUGAGAAGCAGGGGGAGGGGGCAAGAAGAGACAGUGCACGCAUGGAGCCCAGCCGGCCGUGUAUUGCUUACGCGAAUGUGAAUCCGACGUUUCUGUUGUCGAGUAGUGUAUCGAGUCGCCUGGCGCGGUACUCUGGUCUGCAGUUGGUGGGCGGGCCCUCCACCAUACACCGCCAAUUCACCUGCACUGCACACAGACAACAGCGAGCGGAGCAUGGGAGACAGGCAUGAGGGUCGUGGCGGCUUGUGUCAGCUGCCUUACCUUCGAUGGCCGCUCCGAGCUCAGAGACCUCCUCAUACCUGCAGGACACACCACACGGGAAGGACAGCCAUGUGUAUGGGGAUUCAUCGCGUGUUUAUUGAUGCAUCACUCACCUGACAGGUGGGUCGCAGAGGUUGAGCAGAUCCCUAACGGUGAACGUGUUGUAGCCCUCUUCGGGGUACAUGAUCGGCAGACUCAUCGAAUUCUUGCUGACACAACAACAUGGACACACACAUCAACGAACACACACAGCACACAUGUUUAGACGAGAAAUAUAUAUAUAUAUGUGUGUGUGUGUGUGUGUACAAGACUUUUCUCCGCUGCAGCUGCAGGAACUGCACUGCCGAUUUGAUCCAUAUUUUGCUCUCCGCCACACGCAGCUUGAACACCUGACGGAAGAAAUGGCCAUGACGGAAGGCCAACCCUAUCUCGUUAGCCGCUGUUGAGGUCAGUGCACACCUCUGGUCGGCUGUUGGUCCCUUCUGGACACCACGAGGGCUCCUGACCACAGACAUGCAUGACACACGAUGGGCGCCAUAUAUCUUCCAUUCUGCACCACACUCGCCCUACUUUGCACAGUUUCUGCGGCGUGCAUGUGCCCUGGCCAGAUGCGCAGUCGGCAUCGGUGGUGCAGGGCCGAUCCAUAUCCUCACACACGUCGCGUGUCUGAUUCUGAACCUCAUACCUACACGCACCACAAAAUGGACAACGAAAGAGAUUUCGUCUCUUUGUUUGUCGAUGGCAGCCAGGCUGACUUUGUAGCGAUGAAUACGUUGCCGUUUUCGAGCGGCGGGUAGGCAAUCUCAUCUGCGCUGAAUGCCCGCCACUGCAGCGAGCCGCUGCUCUGCGCCAGGACGCUGCCCGACACGUGUGUGCUGGUGGUGCCCUUGGCUUGCUCGUACUCCUUGUAGCCCUCGUCGUACCAAAACACCUGCACAAGGGAUGGCAUACAAGAGGGGUCAGAUGGAUGGAUGGAUGGAUGAAUGGAUGGAUGGAUGGGCGGACGGAUCUUUGUCUGUCGGGGGUACGUACGUAUCCUGCGAUGUAGGCAACGAUGAGGAGUUGGACGGUGAGGUUGGUGAGGCCGAGGUAGCGGUCGAUGAUGCUGACCUGCUGUUUUGUGUGGUAGGACAACAGGCGGUCAAUGUCCUCGUUGAACACCUCCAUUUUGCGCUAG